AUGGCUAUCGUGGGCUCUGGUCCCGCGGGCUUUUACACCGCAUCCCGCGUCCUGAGCAAACUACCACAGGCCAAGAUCGAUAUGUACGAGGCUCUUCCUGUUCCCUUCGGACUUGUCCGUCAUGGCGUUGCCCCAGAUCAUCCAGAGGUCAAGAAUUGCCAGGAUAGGUUUGACGAGAUCGCCUCGUCUCCCAACUUUACAUUUGUAGGCAAUGUGACAGUUGGCGAUUCUGAUCAGUCCGGCAGGCAUUGCACUGUAGAGCUCCCGUCUCUCAUGCGUCACUAUGAUUCAAUUCUCCUCGCCUACGGCGCCGCAGAAGACAAGAAACUGGGCAUCUUUGGGGAGUCCACACUGACCGGUAUCUACUCUGCUCGUGAGUUUGUUGGUUGGUAUAACGGUCUACCCGACUGCGCCAACCUUCAUCCAGACUUGACUCGCGGUGAGGAUGCAGUGAUCAUUGGCCAGGGCAACGUGGCGCUGGACGUCGCUCGCAUGCUUCUGGAAGAUAUCGAUACCCUCAGAAAGACAGAUAUAACCGAGCAUGCCCUCUCGCGUCUUGCUGAAAGUCGAGUAAAGCGUGUUCAUAUUGCCGCCUUCACAAUCAAGGAAGCUCGUGAAUUGAUGAAGCUUCCAGAUGUAGCUUUUCAUCCCGUGAAUCGAACUUUGAUCCCACAAGAUCUCAAGAGCCUACCACGCGCGUCUAAGCGACUAAUGGAGGUCCUGUUGAAGGGUACUCCUGGCGCUGAUCCUCUCGAAACUUCCAAGUCCUGGUCGUUAGACAGCUGCCUCUCGCCCAAACAUUUUCUGGCUCGCUCAGACUCGCCUAAUAGUGUAGCCAGCACGGAGUUUGACGUCACAACCCUCGCGGACCCAUUCGAUCCCAAGUCGCGUGUUGAGAAAACUGGAGAAGCGAUUAUCCUUCCUUCUGACAUCGUGCUUCGUUCUGUCGGUUAUAAGUCUAUACCUUUGCCCGGCUUCAUUGAAGCAGGCAUUCAGUUCGAUGAAAUGCGAGGUAUUGUGUGCAACGAUGGUUUUGGGCGGGUGACCCGCCUGGUAUCUGACAGUGAUGCUAGCAGUAGGGCCAGCCAGCAAGUUCCAGGUCUAUAUUGUGCUGGUUGGUUGAAGAGAGGUCCAACAGGUGUAAUAGCUUCAACAAUGCAGGAUGCUUUUACAACAGGAGAUGCGAUUGCCCAGGAUUGGCUCUCGGGUGCCUCCUUCCUGGGUUCCCAUAAGGAAUUCAGUCAAGCUCAUGGAUGGGAGGGGGUGAAAGAGGAGAUUGGACUCGACCAAGCAAGGCGAGUUGUGACUUGGGAUCAAUGGAAGAUGAUAGACACUCUUGAGCGAAGUCGCGGCGAGGCAAGGGGGAAGGAACGAGAGAAAUUCACAAAUGUCGCCGACAUGCUGGCAGUGUUGGAUUAA